UAGCGCUGAGUAGAGAGUUUUCUAACUUCUCUGCUUUGUAUUUAAUACUUUUAGGAAAUAAAUAUGUAUAUAUUUAGUGAAUAUGUACAUUAGGAAAGGUAUUUUUGCUAUGAAGUGUAGAAAGAUGUUUAUAUAAUCGAUGUCAGCUUAUAUUAUUGUUAUAUAUUAUAUUGUACAGGUUUGUCUUAGUUACCCUAACUAGUAUUUACUGGUUAGUCUGUUUACUGUAGUUAACUAAACCCCUGACUAGCUGCUGAAAAAAAGCAAGAAAGCAAAGCCGUUCUUUAGUGACUGGUACAGAAGUUUGGUGUAAUGACUGCUGAGGACAAAAACCUGGACAUGCUGCUUUCCUUAUUUGAGGAGAGUCAGGGUGAUGAUCCAGAAAAUUCCUCUUCCAAUGAAAGAGAAGAUAACCUGGAUGAUCUGUUUGAUGAAGACGAUGUUGAAGACGGUGAAGGUUAUGUUGAGCCGGAGGAGGAGGAGGAUUUGACGUUGGAGAAGUCCAGCACAGAUGCAGAAAAGGAGCACAACAGAUCCAAAGAGGACUUGGAAGCUGAGUUAAGAAGCAUGCAAGAGAAGAUGCAAAAGCUACAGCAGCAGCUGGAGGUGUCACAAAGGUGUGCGGAUCAAGUCUCCCGAACCAAACAUACAGAUGAUAACGUUUCCUCACAAAGGCAAACAAGCAUCAAUAGUUCACCAGGAGCCCAGAAGGGCAGCAAGACUCUGACUUCACCUCAGCAGAGCAGCAGACAAAUCAAAGCAAAUCAGAGCAGCAGUACACCCCAGAAAUCAACUGCAGUGAUUUCCUCACCCAAAUCUUCAGCUGCAGAGCUGUUUGGGAAAAUGCUGAACAAGCAGAGGGCCGCACACCAGCUCAAAGCAGUUUCUUCAGAAAACAAGAAUUUUUUGGGUCAGGGUGUGGGUGACAAGAUUUCGCAACCAGUGAGAAGUAGCAGUACAGUCCACAACACAAUGAAGUCACCACCAGCAAGCAAGAGUGCUGAUGUGGCCCCUCCCGUUGCAAAACAGACUACACCCCGAGCAUCUGUCACUCAGGAUGUCACUGUGGAGAAAUUCUCAGGUCUCAGGCUUAGGAGACCUCGGCUGUCUUCUGUCGAAAUCGAACACAAAAUGUCAAACCGCAGAAUGAUCCGGCUUUCACAGUUGCCUGAUCGACUGGCUCGAGAAAAUUUAGAGAACAGUGACUGGGUCACGUUCGCUGUUGUGAUAAAUAAAAUCACCCCACAAAGCAAGAAUAAUGGGAAAACCUUUAGUAUCUGGAAGCUGAAUGACCUUCAUGACCUUGAUGUGACAGUAUCACUGUUCCUCUUUGGGACUGUUCACACAGACCUGUGGAAGACUGACACUGGAACAGUGAUUGGUAUACUCAACCCUAAUCAAAUGAAGAACAAAGAUGGCUCCAGUGAGCUUUGCCUCACAGUUGACCAUCCACAGAAGGUCCUGAUUCUGGGAGAAGCCAUGGAUUUUGGUACUUGCAAGGCCAAAAAGAAAAACGGAGAUUCCUGCACACAGCUAGUUAACUUGUAUGAAUGCCAGUACUGUCAGUACCACGUUAAAGCACAGUACAAGAAAAUGAGCUCAAAGAGGGCUGAUCUCCAGUCCAGUUACUCUGGCACUGCCCCUCGUAAAGGAAGAGGCAGAGGAAGUUUACGAGAACGUCUGUGCCAAAGUGACUUUCACUACGGUGGUCUGUCAUCUCUUGCAUGUGCACCAUCAACGACUGCCCCACAGCCUAAAAAACAGCCUUCAAUUCAGGCAGUUUUGGCUUCGAUCCCUAACAAGAACCUUGCCAUUAAUUCAGGUGAGGUGACAGGAUGUUCGGAUGACUUCCGAAGCCUAAUGACCAUGCCUACACCAGGAGCUCUAAAUAUAAAAAGGCAUCUAGGGCAACCUAAGACAAAAGACCUUGCCGGAUCAUCGGUACAGUCCAUUUCUGCUGCUGAGCUGCUCAAGCAACAGAAAGCACUUCACCAGCAAAGGUUUCAGGCCAGGCAGAAGAGGGCAGAGGAAAUCCAGAAGAGGGUGCUGCAAAACACAGGAGGUGCUGUGAUUCCAGUUAGACCUUCCAUAAAUGGGGCGUUACCUAAAGCAGCAUCAGAGGUUCCCAAAGGCUUCUCGCCACCUAAACCUGCCCUGUCCACCCCUCCUAUACCCACCUUAGGACGAGGCUUCACAGAGGGAGAGGAUAUUCUUCUGGAUAUUUCACCUCCUCCAUGCAAAAAAAGCAUCUCCGCUGCAAAAUUGGCUGCAGUCAAGAAGCUUCACGCAAAAGGAGUGGCCCUUGUUAAAGAUGACCCUAAUGCUGUGAAACGCAAGCGACCCAGCACCAGUGACAUCACAGCCCGAGUGGAGCGCAGCCUAGUCUCACCUGAAGGGGAAAAUAGAGCAGAACAGGAAGCAGAGGAGCCAGCUCAGAAGAAGAGGCGUGAGCAGCUAGAUUAUAUCCAGUCUGAGGAGUUUCAGCGCAUUCUGAACGCCAAGUCUGCCAACUCCUGGAUUAUGGGCGAGGUGGAAGAGAAGGCCAUGCAGGAUUACUUUGAACCACUGGUACAAAAAGAGAAGUUGGAAGAGAAGAUGAAAAGCAUAAGAGAAAUGAAAUGUCGAGCAGUCACCUGUAAAACUUGUAAGUACACACACUUCAAACCAGCUGAGCGCUGUGUAGAGGAGAAACACGAUUACCACUGGCAUGAUGCCAUUAAACGUUUCUUUAAAUGCCCUUGUGGCCAGAGGAAGAUCAGCCUGAGCCGCUUUCCCACUACAGCCUGCAGCAACUGUGGUGUGUUUAAAUGGGAGAGAGACGGCAUGUUGAAGGAAAAGAAUGGACCCAAAAUUGGAGGCGAGCUGCUGCUGCCGCGUGGUGAAGAACACUCCAAAUUCCUCAACAGUCUGAAAUAAAGCCAGUAGUCUUUGUUUCCUGCUAUCUGCCUCAGUCCCCCAGCCCUCCUCCUCUCACACACUACUCAGGGAGUCUUUUUAUGACAGUGAUGAAACUAGAAGCCUCUCAUUUUUCCCUGAGCCUGGCCGAGACUGAAAGGCUGUUAAUUUAGAGCUUUUCAUAUCAGCACAUAAGGCGUGAAUGCAGUACUAAUGUAAAUUAUUGCGAUAGAUAUGCAGCUCUAAUUUGGAUAAAGUUGGAUAAUACC